AAAUUUCUAGGUUAUGAAUGUUUUUAAAUGUAGAGAUAAUAAACAAACAUUAAACGGGGAUUGUUUUAAUCGUUAUCAAUAGUUUAAUGAAUAACGAAUCAAGAAAAAUGGAGAGAACAUCUAAUGAGUACCCCAUUUGUCUUCAGCCUGAGCUGUUAGAUAGGGAUACAAUUAUACAAGUUUUGACUGAGAGACAGUUGAAACUGAAAAAUCUAAAUUCCUUAUCAAGAGAAGAAUUGAUAGUCAUAUACAAAUCAUAUGUCCUACCGUUGCCGCAAAGAACUAAAUCAAAUGCAGAAACUAGUCACAAACAUGACAAUGUAAAUGAUAAUAAUCACAUAACAAAGAAACUAAAAGUAGACCAUUUUGAAAGUAAUAAUAAAGAAUCGAGAAAACGUAAUGGCCAUGGUCUCAGUGAAGGUGAUGUUACAAACAUAAAACGCAAACGUCAGAAAAUAACUUGGCCUUAAAUAUACUUAACUAGUUAUAUUGAAAGUAUAGCUUAAGAUUCUUUUUACAUAUUGUAAGUUAGUGAUAUGAUCUGUCUAACAGAGUAUUUUAAUUUUUUACGGGUAUUGCAAGAUCGCUUACCACAUUUAUCAAUUGAAUAAGGUGUUGCAAUUAAACAUACACUAACGUAAAAUAGGAAUAGGAAUGUUUCAAGUUUUAUAAACUGCUGUAUAUGAAGUCACAAUUUAAAGUCAUUAUUGUGUUAAAAAAUAAA